GCGGUGCGCACCUCUCUUGGCGUAUUUAGUCCCUCUUCCCACCUUCCGGCUAGGGUUUUUCCCACUCGACACCAGCGGCGCCGCUUCCCCCCUCCAAAAAAAAUCCUCGUCGUCGGCGAAAAUGGUGAAGGGCAGGCAAGGCGAGCGCGUCAGGCUCUACGUCCGGGGAACGAUCCUGGGAUACAAGAGAUCGAAGUCGAACCAGUAUGAGAACACGUCGUUGAUCCAGAUUGAGGGGGUGAACACCAAGGAAGAGGUCGCCUGGUACUGCGGCAAGAGAAUGGCGUAUAUCUACAAGGCCAAGACCAAGUCGGACGGGACUCGGUACCGGUGCAUCUGGGGCAAGGUCACACGUCCCCAUGGGAACAGCGGUGUUGUUCGUGCCAAGUUUAAGUCCAACCUUCCGCCUAAAUCCAUGGGUGGGAAGGUUAGAGUUUUCAUGUACCCGAGCAAUAUAUAAGGUUGUUUAGCUCAUAAUGACGGUUUCGUUACUAUUGAAAACAUAUUUGUUUUCGAAGAUAAUUAGUGUUUGAUGCUAUUUUUGUUUGUCAUGUUUCGUCAUAAGCUAUUAGUGGGACUUUAUUGAUUAUUUAGGUUUUGCUAUAUCUAUAUGUUGCUCUGUGGUGUUUAUUUUUGUUGCUUCUUUAUGUUUGAACAUUCACUUAGAUUGCAUUAAAUUAUACCUACUGUUAUUAUUUAUUGAA